UUAUUUUCUUCCUUCUUUUGCAUCUUCUUCAAUGGCUGUGGCUACAAUCUCUCCAAAUCAACGACUGUUGUUUUACCAGUCAUCUUCUUCGACUUCUUUUGCGACUGCAAAUCCAUGGUUUUCAAUCAGAAGAAAGAACCAUUUUAGCCUCUAUGAGAAGACCCAUUUCCAUUCUCUCAUAGUAUGUUCUUCUUCCGCUUCCCCCCAACCGUCGUCUUCGCCAGAAGUUGAUGCGCCAGUGGAGACGGCCGAGUCUUGCGUUAACCUCGGCCUUUCACUUUUCUCCAAAGGACGGGUGAAGGAUGCUCUUGUUCAGUUCGAUACUGCACUCACUUUAAAUCCAAAUCCUAUAGAGUCACAAGCUGCACUCUAUAACAAAGCAUGUUGUCAUGCUUACAGAGGGGAAGGAAAGAAAGCGGGUGAUUGUCUGAGAAAGGCUUUGAAAGAAUAUAACCUUAAAUUUGGGACAAUCCUUAAUGAUCCAGAUUUAGCAUCCUUCAGAGCUUUGCCUGAAUUCAAGGAAUUACAGGAAGAGGCUAGCCUUGGAGGGGAAGAUAUUGGGUACAGUUAUCGAAGAGACCUAAAACUCAUUAGCGAAGUUCAAGCACCAUUUCGAGGAGUUAGAAGAUUCUUCUAUGUGGCAUUUUGUGCAGCCGCAGGGAUUUCCACUUUUUUUACAAUUCCUAGACUUUUUCGUGCCAUAGUUGGCGGCGAUGGUGCUCCUGAUCUUCUGGAAACUGCUGGAAAUGCUGGUAUUAAUAUCACAGGUAUAGUCAUAUUCGUUGCAUUAUUCAUCUGGGAUAACAAAAAAGAGGAGGAGCAAAUUGCUCAAAUAACUCGCGAUGAAACUCUAUCAAGGUUACCUUUGCGGCUUUCAACCAAUCGGGUUGUUGAGCUUGUACAAUUGCGGGACACUGUUAGACCAGUUAUUCUGGCUGGGAGCAAAGAAUUUGUAACAUCAGCACUACAGAAGGCUGAUAGAUUCAGAAACGAUCUUGUUCGCCGUGGAGUUCUUUUGGUUCCUGUUAUAUUGGGUGAAGGUGGUAAGCAAAAAAUUGAAAAGAAAGGCUUUGGAACUACUUCCACUAAGACAGCUUCUACAUUACCCUCAAUAGGGGAAGAUUUUGAGAAACGGACUCAAUCAAUAACUGCAGCAUCAAAAUUAAAAUCUGAGAUUCGGUUUAGAGCUGAGGUAAUAGCUCCUGCAGAAUGGGAAAGAUGGAUAAAGGAUCAACAAAAAUCUGAAGGAGUGACGGCUGGCGAAGAUGUCUACAUUGUCUUACGUCUAGAUGGUCGUGUUCGAAGAUCUGGGAAGGGUAUUCCGGACUGGGCACAAAUUGUAAAGGAGCUGCCACCAAUGGAUGCGUUGCUAAGCAAGCUCGAAAGAUAAAGGCUUAAAUUUGGGGAAGAACGAAUAUCUACUUUUCAUGUAUAAUUGUUUAUGCUCAACAAAUGUUGUAUGCUGAAAUUUGAUAAUUUUUUACAAAUACAAAAGAAAUGGAUGGGGUUCCUGAUUUUAGGCUCCAAUGCAAGCCUGAA